CAGCGCGCCCGCCCCGUGCCGCCGGAAGGAGGGCGGCUCCGCAGCGCGUGCGCCCCUCGCUAUGGCGGCGCCGUCGCGGCUCUUGAUACGCGGUGGGCGCGUGGUCAACGACGACUCCUCGCAGGUGGCCGACGUGCUGGUGGAGGACGGCGUGGUGCGGGCGCUGGGGCGCGACCUGCUGCCGCCCGGGGACGCGCCGGCCGGGCUGCGGGUCCUAGACGCCGCCGGCAAGCUGGUCUUGCCCGGCGGCAUCGACACGCACACGCACAUGCAGUUCCCCUUCAUGGGCUCGCGGUCCGUGGACGACUUCUACCAGGGCACCAAGGCUGCCCUGGCAGGAGGCACCACCAUGAUCCUUGAUUUCGCCAUUCCUCACAAAGGCCACUCCCUCAUCGAGGCCUUCGAGACCUGGCGAAGCUGGGCUGAUCCCAAAGUCUGCUGUGACUACAGCCUUCACGUGGCGGUGACAUGGUGGAGUGAGCACGUUAAAGAAGAAAUGAAAAUCCUUACCCAAGAUAAAGGUGUGAACUCCUUCAAGAUGUUUAUGGCCUAUAAAGAUCUGUACAUGCUGAGAGAUGGGGAGCUGUACAAGGUCUUCUCUCGGUGCAAGGAAAUUGGAGCAAUUGCUCAAGUUCAUGCAGAAAAUGGAGACCUAAUUGCAGAGGGAGCGAAGAAGAUGUUGGCUUUGGGGAUAACGGGUCCCGAGGGCCAUGAGCUGAGCCGCCCAGAAGCGGUGGAGGCAGAGGCCACGCUGAGAGCCGUCACCAUAGCCGGCGCUGUGAACUGCCCUCUGUGCGUCGUGCACGUGAUGAGCAAGUCCGCGGCAAGGGUGAUAGCAGAUGCCAGGAGGGAUGGGAAGGUGGUCUAUGGAGAACCCAUCGCAGCAGGUCUCGGCACAGAUGGCACUCACUACUGGAAUAGAGAAUGGCCCCAUGCAGCCCAUCACGUUAUGGGUCCACCCCUACGACCGGACCCUUCAACGCCUGACUUCCUCAUGAAUCUACUGGCUAAUGGUGAUCUAACCAUAACAGGGUCUGACCACUGCACUUUCAACACCUGCCAGAAAGCUCUUGGGAAGGAUGAUUUUACUAAGAUUCCCAAUGGAGUGAAUGGUGUUGAGGACCGGAUGUCAGUAAUAUGGGAAAAAGGCGUGCACAGUGGCAAAAUGGAUGAAAACUGGUUUGUGGCAGUUACCAGCACUAAUGCAGCUAAAAUCUUUAAUCUGUAUCCAAGAAAAGGAAGAAUAGCUGUGGGCUCAGAUGCUGACAUUGUGAUUUGGGACCCAAAAGCCACAAGGACCAUUUCGGCAAAAACUCAUCAUCAGGCUGUUAACUUCAACAUCUUCGAGGGCAUGGUGUGCCAUGGGGUGCCCCUGGUGACUAUUUCAAGAGGCAAAGUGGUGUAUGAAGCUGGAGUUUUCAAUGUCACAGCAGGAGACGGGAAGUUUAUUCCUCGUAAACCAUUUGCUGAAUAUAUUUACAGACGGAUCAAGCGGCAGGACCAGACUUGCACGCCUACCCCCGUGGAGCGUGAACCCUAUAAGGGAGAAGUCAUCACACUGAAAUCCAGAGGGACAAAAGAAGACUCCACACAUGGGACCAGGAAACAGGCCCACUCCUGAACCAGGUAAAAUCAGAGAAAAGGAUGCUGCCGUUCCCAUCCCAGUUAAACGUUGUCCGCCCGUGGAGAAGCAGGCCUUAUUUCAACUCCCCAAGAUCCUUUUGAAAAAAUAAUCGCUCUAGGCUUCUUUGAUUUCCUUUCAGAAGCAAUUGCCGUCUUUCUUACUGUGACUUUGUUGCUGUGUAAGAUUGAAGAUAUAAAUGAAUAUUAUUGUGAUAGAAAGUCUGUGUGAAAAUUCACUGAUACUUAAAAAUGUCAUCUUUGCUUGCACCAGAUUUCUCACUUUGAAUUUUUAAAAAUCACUUUCUUGUUUAAAGUUUUUUAAUGGCUACAUUUGUUUAAAAAUAGUUAACUCUGUGAUUUUACAUUCUAUUGUAAUUCAUAAACAUUUAGAUCUUUAUUGUAAUUAAUAAACAUUUAGAUCUUCAUUUUA